AUGCCGCCCUUGUACCCCUCGCCGGGGCCCUUCCCAAACCACCGUGCGCUGGACGCGGUGGGGAAAGAUGAGCUGCGGAAGGCUUACUACGAGACCACCAGCAAUCGCGCCUUGCCGAGCCGCAUGGGAUCGCAGGAGAUCCGUGGCGAGAACUUCCUGAAUGUGCAUAACAUUGGUCAGAGGAACACCAAGUACCUCCAGUGGACCAGGAACUUUGCGCCGUUGACCACACGAGUCUCCUGUCAUCACACCCAGUCCUAUGUGCCGCUGCCCUUGGGAGACAACAAGAUCAAUUCAGAUCUGGCCGCAUCCUUCAAGCAGAAGGGGUGGCAGCAGAGCAAAGGUGGGAGCAUGGCCACCAUGGACAAUACCACCAUGUAUGAGGAUGACUUUCCGGGCAUGAGCAAGAAGGAGCUGCUGGGUGCUCGUCAGCCGAAUCGGAAGCCGGCGCAGACGCUGACGCAGACGGUGGCACCGCCGGGGGAGCUCUUGGACGAGCUUCAGUCGCACGAGCAUCGCCACUUCAAGAGCCCUGGGCCGUCGAAACUGGAGGUCGAAAGCUUUCUCGUUGGGCGACCAGGAUUUGAACAAAGGUUGGUACAGCUGGGUGGGUGGUUUCAGAUAUGGUGGAUCGCACCCGGCCUGGUUGCGCACUCGUAGCUUGACGGAGGCCGGAGGUCGUGGAUCCUGUUCAUGUUCGCUGGGAAACACGAUAGCCCAGACGCGACCCGUUCGGCCCCGAAUCCUUUGGAGGGGGGUCUGGACCCUCAACCCCCUAUGGUUUUGAGGGACCCAGUCGGGCUGUUUGGAGCGUCUGGGCACACACUGUUUCCUUGCACGUCUUGGGGACAGAGAUCAAGUCAACGAGGUAUUGACCACUCGUUUGGGUGGUUUUCCCAAAACCUC